AAACACGGGGUGCGAUGACUAACCAGGGCCGCUAGCCCAAACCCCCCUCGAGCCCAAUGCAGCGAAAACCCCAACCCUAAUACCGACUCGAACCGAUCCCCAUCUCCGAUCCGAUCCGAUGCUUCCCAUGGUCGACGACCCCUCCGCCGCCGGCGCCGCUGCGUCCUCCUCCUUCCCUGACGCCGACGCCUAUGGCAACGGGGACUCUGAAGACAUCGAGUUCCCAGUCGAUCCAAUUCCCAAUCCUCCCUUCUCCUCCUCUGCUCCCGUCGCCGCCCCCGCCUCUGCCACGGCCACGGUCGGGGAGCGGCGGCCCCUGUUCCAGCGGCUAUGGACGGAGGAGGAUGAGAUCGUGAUCCUACGCGCGUUCGCCGAGUUUACGGCGCAGCGGGGCACGGCGUUCGCGUCCCACCAGUACGACACGGAACCCUUCUACGAGGAGAUGCGCCGACGCCUCCAGCUCGAUUUCUCCAAGAGCCAGCUCGCCGAGAAGCUUCGCCGCCUUAAGCGCAAGUACCGCAACUGCGUCGAGCGCCUCCGUUGCUCCGGCAACACGUUCUCCUUCCGCUCCCCUCACGAGCAGGCCGUCUUCGAGAUCGCUCGCAACAUCUGGCGCCCCUCCUCCGACAAGCACGGCCGCGACCCCAACGCCGCUGACUCUGAAGACGACGCCACAAUCACCGCCACGAAUGCUGCAGCCAACGGAGACGCCAAGUCCCCGUCCUCCUCAAAGGCGCAUCGCCGUGGCCGCCGCAGGCGUACGGCUGACUUGGCUGCCGAUGCGUCCGAGGGGCCUCAGCCGUACAUAUCGGGGCCCAUGCCUGUCAAGACGGAGGACUCGCUGCCGGCAUUCUUUCCUCAGGUCUCCAUGGACGGUGCUGAGCCUGUUGUGGCGCCAGUGGUGAACACGGAGAGCAGCGUCCUGACGCCUCUGUUCAAGGAAAUGGUCCGUGCCAUGCUAGGCAUCGGCGGCUGCCCGUCGCCGCUGGGCCUGGGAGCGAAGGUGCGGGAGCAACCGUCUGCAGUUCUCGGGAUACCCAUGGAGGGAGAGAAGUGGAGGCAACAGAGGAUUCUGGAGCUGGAGGUGUACCUGCGGCGGAUCGACCUGCUGCAGGACGAGGUGAAGUCGGCACUGGAGGAGCUAAAAUCCACGCCGCCAACAUGAUGAUUGUGGCCGCUAUUCAGCUUCGCCAUUCCUUGGUUCAAUUGUCAUUAGUCCCAGGUACCGUCCAUAAAAAAAUGUUUUAAACCUGUUUGAAACGCAGGAACUUCGUAGGAAUUGCCCUUGUCCAGGAUAUAUAUAUAUAUAUAUAUAUAUAUAUAUAUAUAUAUAUAUAUAUAAAUAUAUAUAUCAAAUUUGCAGCGCGACGCUGCCUUAGCAGUUGUGUUAGGCUCGAGCAUUAGAGUUAAUUUACGUGGUUCAGGUUGUUAAUUUAUGUGGUUCUGACUGUCGGUCAGCUGUUUUUCUCGUGUUACUGUUUUUUAUAUAUGUGAUCAUGAAUAAGCAUGGAGUUUUCCAAA